GGGAGCCGGGUUCCAAGUCUGGCCUUCGAAGUGCUAGUCCCGGGCGCACUCCCCGGAAGUGACGUAACAAGGCACGCGUGGCUCCGGCCGGCGUUUCCGCAAACAGAAUCGUGGAUGACUGUGUGGUGUUGAUUCCUGAGGUUUUGCUGUCAGUUCAAGUAACCAGAAAUGGAAGGUUCUGCAAAAGCACCUGUAGAUUCUGAAACAGAUUCUCCUCCAGGAGUUAACGAAACGGCUGUGGCCUCUGGGCAGAGGCCUUCUGAAAAGACUCCUCCAUGCCAGCAAGGAGAUCAACCAAAAAUGCGCAAAGAGUUUGAAGAUGAUCUUGUAGAGCAAAAUUCGAGUUAUGUGCAAGAUUCUCCAUCCAAGAAAAGAAAACUCAAUGUUGAAAUCAUCUUAGAGGAAAAACACUCUGAGGAUGAUGGACCUUCUUCAAAGAGAAGCAAACUGGAGAAGGGCGGUGUGUCUGAAGAUGAGCCUUCCCGUGGUGAGCUCAACCAGAGGAAGAGAAAACUGCUGCCUGAGGACACUGGGGAAACGCGGAAAUUUCAGAAGCUGGAGGAGGGACACAGCUCAGCCGUGGCUGCCCACUAUAAUGAGCUUCAGGAAGUUGGCUUGGCGAAGCGUAGUCAAAGCCGCAUUUUUUACCUAAGGAACUUUAAUAAUUGGAUUAAAAGUAUUCUUAUUGGCGAAAUUUUAGAAAAGGUACGCCAAAGAAAAAACCGUGACAUCACCGUUUUGGACCUGGGAUGUGGAAAAGGUGGGGACUUGCUCAAGUGGAGGAAGGGGAGAAUCAGCAGGCUGGUGUGUGCGGAUAUCGCUGAUAUUUCUAUGAAACAAUGUCAACAACGUUAUGAAGACAUGAAAUGUCGUCGUGAUAAUGAGCAUAUUUUUAGUGCAGAAUUUAUAACUGCUGACUGUUCAAAGGAACUUUUGGUUGAAAAAUUCCGUGACCCAGAAAUGUACUUUGACGUCUGCAGCUGUCAGUUUGCUUGCCAUUAUUCCUUCGAGUCCCUGGAGCAGGCUGACACGAUGCUUAGAAAUGCCUGCGGAAGGCUUAACCCUGGCGGCUAUUUUAUUGGUACUACUCCCAAUAGCUUCGAACUGAUAAAACGCCUUGAAGCUUCAGAAACAGAAUCAUUUGGAAAUGAAAUAUACACUGUGAAAUUCCAGAAGAAAGGAAAUUAUCCUUUAUUUGGCUGCAAAUAUGACUUUAACUUGGAAGGUGUUGUGGAUGUCCCUGAAUUCUUGGUCUAUUUUCCAUUGCUAACUGAGAUGGCAAAAAAGUAUAAUAUGAAGCUAAUUUAUAAAAAAACAUUUCUGGAAUUCUAUGAAGAAAAGAUUAAGAACAAUGAAAACAAAAUGCUCUUAAAACGCAUGCAGGCCCUGGAGCCAUACCCUGCAAACGAGAACUCUAAACUUGCCUCUGAAAAGGUGGGUGACUAUGCACAUGCGGCAGAAUACAUGAAGAACAGUCAAGUAAGAUUACCUCUGGGAACCUUAAGUAAGUCAGAAUGGGAAGCUACAAGUAUCUACUUGGUUUUUGCCUUUGAGAAGCAGCAGUGAGCACAUUGCUCUAGAGCAGCACUCCAUCCUUCCAGAUGGAGCAGAGCAUCUCAGAGACAUUUGACAGCUGUUUGUUUAUUUUAAUAGUAAGUUCUAAGUGUGUAGGAUGCUGCCACAAAGUCCAGUGUAUACUUUGACAUUUACUGUCUGUGACAGGUCAGUGUAAUGUGUGUACAUAAGAGAAUGUUGUAAUUGUUUCCCUCUACUGUCAAAACCAUAGCAAGGCAUGUCAGAGCAACUGACCUCUCCAGUGCUGUGGUGUGCUGAAUGUGUUUACAGAGCUGAAUUUACAAUAACUGUAGAAUUGGCAAAGGAACGCUAGAUUGCCACUGUGCACUUGCUUCAAGUUUAGUUAUAGUAUUUUUCAAGAUUUAAUUGAUUCUGUUCUAUAUACUUGAAUGUAAGUGUUCAAUAUAUAUUGCUAAAGUUAUAAGAUUAAAUUUUGAUUUUAGAUUGUCAUAAGAGCUACCUGGCUAGAUUUUGACUGUGUUUCAAUAAAAUAACUAUUUGCUAAUACACUGCAAUUCUGAGACUCUAUAGAAAACUUUAGAUGGCAGCAUAGAAUUAAUGUGGAAUGGUUUGAAAUUCUCUUUAGAAUUUCUUACCAUAGCAAUUAGCAUAUCUAACUGUUGAGGUUGUGAUUAAGGUACGAUUAACUUUCUUUAUUGGACAGUGAUUCCAUGGCUAGAUUUUAAGAUUUUGUGAAAAUGCCAUGUCCUAAUUCUGUUCCAUAAUGUUUUCAAAUGGAUAUGUGCAUGUGUAACAGCAGCAUGGUGAGAUGCAUUUUAGAUGGAUCCUCACCAAUAAGAGAAUUCACUCACCAAUACUGUAUCCUUCCAGGUCCCAACACGCAGCUCCUGCUCAUCUCUCAGAACACUAGGAUUCCAUAAGGCAGACCCCACUGUCUAAUUGUCUUUCAGACAUUCACUGUUGAAGUGUUAAUGGUAUAGUAGUCGGCAUGGCUGCCAUCCAGGUGUUGACUUGCUGUCUCACAGUCAUCAUGAUUGUCAUUGUCAGCUAUAGAGCUGACUUCUGGCCACACCGAAGAAACAUGCCAGCCUUUAGAUACAUCAAGAAACUUAAGAGCAAAUACAAUUAGACGUUUGUUUAAAAAUCACCUACUUAAAGGAUAGUUUACAAAGAUGCUACUUUCUAUAAAAAUCUAUAGUACUUGCUUUAAAAGUAGACUCAGGGCCAGAGAGAUGGACAGUAGUUAAGAGUGCUGGCUGCUUGUGGAGAAGACCCAGGUUCAGUUGCUAGCACCUACAUGGCAGCUCACAACCAUCAGUAACUCCAGUUCCAGGGGAUCUGACAUCAUCUUUUGGCCUCCCUGGGCACCAGGCAUGCACAUAGUAUAUAUCCAUCAUGUGCAGGCAGAAUAUACACACAUAUCAAAUAAAAAUAAUUAUUUAAAAAAUUAAAAGCAUAAUCUAGCUUAUAUAUAGUCACUGUUCUCAGUAUUAGAGGAUAGGUUUGGUUCUGGUGCAGGGGUUGUGGGUUGUCGGGUGGGGAGGAAUGUUCUUGCUCUUAGAAAUUUAGGCUCAUUUUAUUCCUGGAGAAGUACCAGUAAGUAUUUUGAUGAUGUGGUGUAGAGAAAGCUUCCUCACAAUUCAUGAUCUUAGUUAAUAGGUGAUACGUCAUUUUUAGUCUCUUUCUGCCCUUUCCAUUCCAUUCCAUGGGUCAUUUUUAGGAGAGAAGAAUUCAAUAAUUGAUGGCUAUCCCGAGCAGCAAGAAGAGAAAUGUGGAGUUCCUAGGCCCUUCCCUGAGGACUCAGAGAAAACUGGCCUGGGUCUGAGAUGGGCUCUAGUCAUUAUACCUACUGUCAAAGACAGGAGAGUUCCCAUGAUGUCACCCUACAGAAACAGUUUGAGCAGCUGCCUUUUUACUUUUGUGUUCUUACCUGUUGAACCUCCAUCUCUCCACCACUUCCCACAAAAGUUCAAUGACUCAGGAUGGAUUCUUGAGGACAAGAAUGGAAAGGUGGCCUUUUCCAUUGUUUCUUUCAACAAAUAAGACUUUGCCCAGCUUUCUUGGAAUUUAAAUGUUUAAUUUUGUCAUGACUUGUAGUACCUAAUGAGAAAGGUGUGGCUUUUCAUUGCAGCAUCCAGAAAGAGUCCCUUCUGGGUUCAGUGACGAAAAUGGUUCACAUGAGCUGUUCAAAUAUGCCCAGGCCUGCCACAUAGUAGGCUCAGGUUGUUUCCAAAUGAAGAGCAGGAGCUGGAGACAUGGCUCACAGGUUAAGAGUGCUUGCAACUUUCAAAGAACUGGAGUUUGGUUCCCAGCACACAGAUGAAGUGGCUUAGAACUACCUGUACCUCCAAUUAAAGGGACUUCAGCAUUCUCUAGUCUCUGCUGCACCUGCACAUACAUGCAGAUACCCACUCGUAAAUAAAAAUCAAAAGAUCAUAUGGGCCAUUUUUGGGAAUGACACAACUUGAACUGGAGGUAGUUGGCUUGGGGACAAAGCUGCACUGCAGUAGGACCUAGAAUUUACUCGGGAGCAAUCAUAGUGUUGGUGGAGAGAAACUGGAGAGUUGUCAACUCCUCCCCAUCCUUCUGGUAACCUAACCUGUACAGAGAGCCUCGAGCCUGUCAGAGCUGACACCCCCACCAUUUCAGUGCCCCUGAGCACUUUACCGACUCUUAUCAGCAAGAGAAGACUGACUGAGUAGAGUUACUCACAAGUCUGAUGACUGAAUGGCAGAGAGAGGAUACAGAUGUCUCAAGAACAGAGCCUCGUUAACACACUUCUACUCUGUAGUAGGCCUUAAGUCCUAUGUUCAUAUACUUCCAAGGGUGUAACAGGUGGUUCCUGCAGCUUUGAGUGCCUGAGGCACCUUUACUUAGGUAUAUUAAUCCCUGAGUAAGGUGCUUUAGUAAAGAAGGUACCCAGGCAGGAAUGAGACAGUUUAUUCUUCAUGGUGUGGAGACCUGCUCCUCUAACCAGACUUGUGGAAUGUAUACACUAGAGGUGAUGGUGUUCCCCAGCCUUAUUGUGUGGAUAUAUCAGGGAAAGAGAGUCUUGUAAGACAAGAUGCUGUCUCCAUGUGAAUUAAAGUAGGCAGGCCUUAUGUGAAUUUGCUUGCUUAAACUCUGUUGAAGUGUUGUAUCAUGCAGGCAGUCAGGAAUGCUUCACAGACAGAACAUACAUGAAUACAGAAGGCAAAAGUUCCCUUUUGACUACCAUUUCAUCCACAACCACCAUCCAGUUCUAAGCAAAAUCCAUUUCAUCUGGCUUGGAAUAUUAUGUGAAUAAAAUUAAAAAUACGGUUUUUGGCUUUCACUUGGCAGUAUUCAUGAGAUUCUUAUUCUCAAUAGGUGUACAUUGUUCAUUCUCGUGAUUGUACAGUAUUCCAUGUAUGAAUAAACAAUAUUAUAACAGU